GCCAUGCGGCGGACGAGCAGGAGCUUGUGAGAGGGUCGCCCUGCGGCUGUCGAGGCGCCAGGGAGAGGCAGCGAGGGCCCUUCCCGCUCUGUCCGGAGCUGCGGAGCCGGCGGGGUUUCUGCCACGGAGGGCAUUUGUUUGCCCCUUCCAUCUGAUCCUGGACUACAUUGCACAGAAGAGCAAGUGCAGGCAGAUGCCCUUUCUCCUUGUUUCUGUCACUGCUUGCUUACUUGGAGAAGAUAGACAUGUGGGUCAUUAAAACAAGAAGCAGCACAACCAGGGGACUCUAUAGUUGGUAGUGGAACUCCUGCAGAAGCGUGGGCCUCAGGGAUGCUGACUAAAACUGACUCUUGGUCCAACCUUGACGAUGUAUACAACUGAAAUAAUAGCUCAGGAUAGUAUUGGAUACACUGAAGUUCUCCUUCAAUGAAUAUCUUCAGUAAGAUGGCUCUGUUGAUGCGACAUAUAUCCAGAUGCUGUCCUUUGCUAAAGCUGUGCAGCACUGUGAACAAUACAGAACAACUUAGAAAAAUAUCUAUCAAUGUAUGGAUGUUGUCUCUUGAACAAUUGCAGUUUCGAUUGCUUGGUUCUUACGUUCAUCAGACAGUGUUAAACAACACUAGGAAUUUUUAUUUUUAUAAGCAUAUACAGUUCUUCAGUUCAAGUACUGAACAGAAUCAAAGUCCAGAAGAUGAUUCACUUUCUUUAGCUGAUAAAACAGAAAUAACAUCUAGUUCAGAUACCAAAGAAUUAGAUGAAAGUUUGGAAGAUGUAUCUCCUUCAUCUGCCUUGGAGGUAAUUUCAGAAGAUGAAGCACUUCAGAUCUUAGCAAAGCCACCACUUCCUUUUGAAUCCUUUACACUUCAAGAUUAUGUUGAUCACUCAGAAACACUGCAGAAGUUGGUGCUUCUAGGAGUUGAUUUGUCCAAGGUGGAAACCCGUUCAAAUGCAGGCCAAUUACUUCUCCAACUGGACUUUGAGAAAGACAUAAGAAAGAUCCUUCUAUUUCUUAAGGAUGUUGGUCUGGAUGAUAAGCAGCUUGGGCCAUUUCUCACCAAAAACCCUUACAUUCUUGGAGAAGAUUUGGAAAAUCUAGAAACAAGAAUUGCUUAUCUAAUAUCAAAAAAAUUCAGCAAGGAAGCAAUUACAAAAAUGGUCUCAGGAGCUCCAUAUUUACUCCUCUUUUCUGUUGAAAGACUGGAUAACAGACUGGGCUUCUUCCAAAAGGAACUUGGCCUAAAUCCACAAAAGACCAGAGAUCUAAUGACUCGUCUUCCAAGGUUACUGACUGGCACUCUUGAAGGGAUAAAAGAGAAUUUGAAGGUAUAUGAGAUUGAACUUGGAUUUAGCCAGAACGAAAUUCGGCACAUUGUACACAGAAUCCCUAAGAAUUUAAGUAUAAACAAAAGGAAACUAACACAGAUAUUUGAUUACUUGCACAAUGUAAUGGGCAUCCCCCACCAACUCAUGGUUCACUUUCCUCAGGUUUUUAAUUCAAAGCUGCUACGAAUCAAAGAAAGGCACAUGUUCCUUAAAUUCCUGGGGAGAGCACAAUAUGAUCCAGAGAAGCCCAACUAUAUUUCAUUGGAGAAACUUGUAUCUUUGCCCAAUGAGGUGUUUUGCACAGAAGUUGCUAAAGCAAAAGUAAAGGACUUUCAAACAUUUUUGAAAACAAUGUGAAAUAACAGUGAAGAAAGACUUUUUGUAAAAUAGUUCUGAUGGUGUUCUUUCUAGCUACAAGUGUGGAGGUAAAAAGUAUAACUCCUGAAACUUCUUUGGUGACUAAACAUUACAGCUAAUUGCGUAUUUUAAAAAUAUACAGCCUGGUUUAGAAAAGAAAGAGUACGCAACUGAUAUAUAGGUGGACAGAUUUCACCUCAGCACCAAGCUUAAAUAAAUGUACAGGGUAAAUAAAUGUUGCCACUUAUGAUAGACACCAUAAACCAGUCAGAAAGAAAAUUCUUGACUUCUAUUUCAAGGCUCAUUCUACUUAUUAUCUAUGCAUUAACAUAGGCCAAACCCAGUGUUGCUUGGGCUACAUUAAUGUAAAGGUGAUUAUAAGAGAUUAUCAGGUUCUUAGAUUUACUGCAGACCAUUGCUAAUGGAUUAAUAUUACCACAUCCUAUCUGUUGCAGUUAGCAUCUGCAACCAUGGCCAUAUCAAGGCAACAGCCUGGGUAUCCACAAUUAAGAGACCAUUUUAGGGGCUGUGAUUUUUUAAAAUAGGGCUCCAGUUUCAUUGUACAAUCCCAAAAUUUGUUCUGUAGUGCAUUCCAAGGGCCAAUACAAAAAUCUUUGGUUUCACUCUUAAAAAUGCACUUCCUGUCUGCUCGAGAAAGUCUUAUAAAUAUAUAGAAAAAACCAGCUGGCCUUUCUGGCAGCAAAAGAGCUCUUGAUUUCAACAAAUACAGGACUGAGCUGCUAGUAUGAUUCUCUGGGGCAUUGUAUUACUCAGUGUGUGGCUAAGAGAGGAGUCAAUCAUUGCAGUGCCAACAUAGGAUAAACUGAGGUCUUGUCUGCUUUAUCAGCAGACCAAUAUAAUGGUGCAACAGCAUGGACAGAAUCAUUAGGCUGAGACGAGUUGCUUUCUCUAGGAGUACAUUUGCAGUAAAUGCAACAAUUUACAGAACUCUUAGGACUGGGAACUACUUGCCAAUCUGCAGGGCAAAUCUAGGUGCAAAACUUAUCACCAACGUUUGGUAGUAAAUUAGGAUUAUAACUGACCUGCUACAGUGAGGUAGACCUGGUCUAGCUAUCUCAUGUAAAUACUGCUCCUGUUUCUGCUUGCAAUGCUGCACACUUCUCAGAAUGACAAUGGGGUAGGGUGUUUGUGUGUGUAUCCUCCAUGUGGCCUAUAUAAAAAAAUAUAUUUUAAUGAGAAAAGGCAAAGCCUCAUAAUGCUCCUAUCAUCAUCUGGCUCAAGACAAUAACUUGCUUCUGUCUGACUGAAAGACCUCUUGGAUGCUUCCAGAAUUUCUUGAGCACUUCCGCUAGUCCCAAGCUGCAUGGGUAGGGGUAGUUCCUUUAACUGGGAUGUGAAGGUGCUGUUCUUCUUGUUGGAUACAUAUGUUAGAGCUCUGCCAUUGCAGAAUCAAAACCCCUGCCUUCCACUCUGAUUGGUUACAGUCCUUCUAGGAGGAUCACUUACUAGAUGCAAACUAGAGAGGUUUUCACUGCUUCUAUACUUCAUAUAAAAUACCUAACUAUUUCACAUGUUGUAGUUUUGGAGGAAUUGGAAGGAGAUAAGAGACUUUACAAUUGGGUUGGGAAUUGCAAGUUAAAUCGGUUCACACAUUCAGACUUAAUAAUUUAAAUAGCUGUGAAGGUUAACAUAUAGAGAACAGAGAGUGUUAAUAUUCAGAUGGGGUAUUAAUGUGCUUAUGGAAUGCAAUGGGAAAAUAUUUCAAAUGUUUCUUAAAGGGUUUGCUUUCCUCUUUUUCAUAUUAGUGUUGGCUCAAAUGAAGAAAGGCAAUGGAUAAGGCCCCAUAAGAGCCGUGUGUUUUUUCAGUAUGCUUCAUAGCUCCAUGAGGAAAUGUUUGCCAGCAUUCACCUUAAUUAUAAUGUGUGGUAUGACCUUGGGCCUUUUUCAGGUGCUCUUAUUGGGAGUUUAUUAAUAUGUGGGAUGUAGAACACCACUCCUAUUUCAGGCACUCAACCCCUGGUGUUAGAGGUGUAUUAUUGGCAUUGAAAAUUCACCCCACCUUCAUUCUUGCCUGGUGUUACUAAAGUUUUGUAUAACAGCAUAUGAAAAAAUAAGAUACUAGAUUUUUAAAAUUACAAUACAGUUCCAUCUUCAAUUUAUAAGUUUUCUUUUUAAUUAUAUUCCAUUUCUUUAGAAAUGGCUACAUAGGCUUGAAUCCUAAGUUAAUUCAAUGAAGUUCAUAGAAGGAAGGUUUCAUUUCCCCCUCUUCAUUCCUUCAGUACCUUAUAUUCUAAAAAGCCAUUCUCAUAUGAUCACUGGACUCUCCUGAACAGGAUGUGUAUUGUGUGAGAGGUUUGGGAAGAAGGAACUGCCAAAAAUUGAGUGAACCUAUGUAGCCUGAGGUUAAUUCACUUCUCUCCCAGCAAUCCUCUAUUACCAGACCUAUCCUACAUAGUUCAAGUUCCCUAAUUGACCUGGAGAGGCUUUUGGGAGAUGGGGAUUGCAGAGAGGAUGGGUCAGAAGACUUUCUUUGUAUUAACUUUCUCAAAUUAAUUUAGUUAACUUAGAAUGCAAGGCAUGAUUUAAAAAAACAAAACAAAGCCCAAGCCAGUGCUGUGUGUGGGGAACCUUGUUCUUUGUGUCCUGGAUUCCAGGACUUGCUUUCAGGCUUCAAUUAUAGUUGGAAAUCUUUUGCUGUAUUUUGAAUAAAUUUACUGUUUGACAACA